CGACUAGCUAGCUCACCGAAAAUUCAAUGAAAAAUCGCGUAGUUGCUGCAGGAGUCACCGACGAAGAGACUACGGUGGUGAUCUACACACGUCACACCAUAUUUCAUAUAUUAUUAUCGUUUCGGCAUUUUUUACUUGGAGCAGAUUUCCACCAUGGUCCAGAUGGGCGCGAAGACGACGACCAUUACGGAGUCCGAUAUGUUACAACAGGAAAUGGACCUGUUGAAAAACGUGCAAAAAGAACAGAAGACGACCAGCUACGACGAAGAACAGUCACAGUCGCCUGUUAGCAAACAGGAGAUCAUAUGGACAAACGUCGUGUUCAUCACUUUGUUACACGUCGCGUCCGUCUAUUGUUUUUGCAAUUACUUCUUUACGACGAAAUCUCAAACUUACGUAUGGGCUUUUAUAGUCGGAGGUAUUGGUGGAUUUGGAGUUACCGGCGGCGCACAUCGAUAUUUCACUCAUAGAUCGUUCAAAGCGAAAUUACCACUGCAACUAAUACUCAUAUUGUGUUACACAGUAUCGGGACAGAACGACAUACCGGAUUGGGUUCGCGAUCACCGGGUGCAUCACAAGUUCAGCGAGACGGACGCCGAUCCACACAACGCCAACAGGGGUUUUUUCUUUUCACACGUCGGCUGGCUGAUGCAACGCAAACACCCCGAAGUCUACAGACGGGGCAAGACCAUCGACAUGUCCGACAUCGAUAACGAUCCGCUCGUGCAGUUUCACACCAAACACUUUUUACUGUUCAAGUUGUUGUUCUGUUUCAUCAUACCCGUUUUAGUGCCGGUUUACGCGUGGAAUGAAAACUGGACGGAAGCCAUCGGUUCACUGGCCAUUGUCCGAUAUGUGUUGAACUUGAACUUCACGUGGUCCGUCAACAGCGUGGCUCAUAUCUGGGGAAGCAAGCCGUAUGACAAGCGCAUUCAACCAGCUCAGAACGCGAUUGUGUCCGUUGUGGCUAUGGGCGAGGGCUGGCACAACUAUCAUCACGUGUUCCCGUGGGACUACAGGGCAGCCGAGAUCGGCGGAUACCUGUUGAACACGACCACUCUGUGGUUAGACAUGUUCUCCAGCAUCGGAUGGGCGUACGAUCUCAAGGCGCCGUCCAAACAGCUCGUCCAGCAGGUGGCCGUCAACCACGGCGACGGAAGCUGGCGAGAGGUACCGGAAACGGCGCACACGCGGGACUAUAAGACUUCAUGAACACUAAUUUAUUGCAAUACAUCAUUACGUUAUAAUAUAAACGUUUCGAUUAUUAU